GUGUUGGGUUCUGAAAGGUUCUGGUGAAACUGGACGUGUCUGCUGUUGUCUGAUAGUCAAAUGAGGAGAGUUUGCAGCUCAUUCACAUGCAAACAUCAUCUGGAAACCUUAGUGAGGUGAUUUCUGCUCAGUUUCACAACAACAUGUAACAUUUUAUUAUUCUGACAGGAGCCAUGAGGCGGAUUCAGCUGCUGCCCCUGAGUGUGAAGAGGCAGCAGCUCCUGUUUCCAGCAGAUCUGGCCACGAUGAAGACAUUUUUCCCUCUUUGGCUCCAGUAGCCUUGGAGCUGCCGGGCUGAGGAGGAGGAGGAGGAGGAGGAGGAGGAGGAGGACCGGGCGGGCAGCAGGUGACGCGCAAAGAGGCGCAGCAGCUCCUCUUGGCUCAGAUAAAGUCCUGGUUCUCGUAUUUCCAGCCGAGCAGCAGAUCUCCUGUUUCCCCCUCAUGGCUCAGCGCUGCUCCUCUCCCGUCCUCCCUCUCGCGCUCCUCCUGUUCGGACUUGUUGCCAUCCUGCUCCUCACGGUUCCGACGGAGGACGUCCAGGAGGCGCCGCGCUUCAUGUAUGGGAUCAUCAUGGACGCCGGAUCUUCUCACACAUCCUUGUUUAUUUACAAGUGGCCGGCGGACAAGCAGAACGGCACAGGUGUGGUGACGCAGCACGGAGAGUGUCACGUGGACGGUAAAGGGAUUUCCAGCUAUGCGGGCCAAACAGGCGCAGCGGGGCGGAGUUUGGAGGCGUGUCUGGACCAGGCGGUCAGAGAUAUUCCUGCAGACAGACACCAGAGCACACCUGUGUACCUGGGAGCCACGGCAGGCAUGAGGCUCCUGCAGAGAUCCAYUUCAAAGCAGUCAAAUCAGAUUCUGAAGGAAGUGGGCCUGAAAAUCCAGUCGUACCCUUUUAACUACCGUGGAGCUGCCAUUUUGAGUGGGCAGGAGGAGGGAGUGUACGGUUGGGUCACCGUCAACUAUCUCUUAGAGAACUUUAUCAAGUACAGUUUUGUGGGYCACUGGUUCAGCCCCGGCAGACCGACGGUGGGAGCGCUGGAUUUCGGCGGGGCGUCCACACAGAUAACCUUCGCCACCCAGCUGCCCGUUGAGGUCAAAGAAGACCUGAAGACGCAUUUUCAGCGUUUUUCUACAUCCACGCCUUCCUGCAGCAGGUUACAGGGUUCACUGUUAGCACUCCACAGCAGCUGGAGGAAGCAGCCAAAACAGCCUGCGGCAUGAAAUUCACUCAGAUUUUGCGUCGAGCUCCGGGGGAGGAGUCUCAUUUGCGUGAAUACUGCGCUUCCUCCGUGUUCCUCAAAACGCUUCUUUUAAGAGGAUAUGGCUUCGAUGACGCYUCGUUCRCYCGCAUUUCUUUCCAGAAGCAGGCCGGAGAGGCCUCGGUGGGCUGGGCUCUGGGCUACAUGCUGACUCUGAGUAACCUGCUGCCCGCGGAGAGCGCUGGGAUCAGGAAGUCCCUGUCCACGGGAGCGUGGGGGACGCUCGUUUUCCUCUUUGUUGUGUUCCUCGUGGUCGUCCUGGCCUUCGUUUUCUUUAGAACUCGAGACUGGAAGAAAGGACGGGAAGAGAGCYCCAURUAGAAACCGGAACAAUGCCCGGCGCUGCGAGAAAACUUUAYGGACAGCUUUUAUUUAAAAUUAAACCUGCGGCUGAAGAUCUGAUUUUGAGGAUUGUUGCUACCCCGAAAAGAUUAACUACUGACAGACAUUUAGUUUCUUUAUUAUUGUUAUAGAUGUGUAGAAUAACUCAGUUUAUCUUUGACUGCGAGGCAACUAGAAUGUUUUUCAAUUAAAGUUGAUUAAACCAAAACUCUCAUGUUACAGUUACCAGCUGAAGGUAGUUUUUUUUUUGUCUGACAAAAUCACAUUAAUUUUAUGUUUGUGUUGUGUAAUUUUGACGAUAUUGCACAGCCUUUUUUAGUACAGAAGGGGCUUUAAUAUCUAUGAUACAAACUUUAAUAUCUAA